GUGAAGGUGAGGGGAGGUUUCAUAUUCUAGAUGUUCAAGUUUUCUUUUAAUCUGGACUGGACUAAGCCUUUUGGGUCUUUACACAACUGUUCAUCAUCUUUGCACACACAAUGAAAGGCUGUCCAUUAUCCACUUGACUAUCCACUUGUAUUUGGUUAUGUUACCAGUUGGCUAACAUGAUGCAUCUGUAUAGAGCAUUGGUCAUUUGACUUGGUCAUCACAAGAUUCUGUGGCCUUUCUGGAUUACUUUCCCACAUUAAACAUUUGAAGAAUGGCAUCCUGAUCAUUAGUCAUACGUUUUGCCUCUUUGUAUGCAAUCUCUCAGUGGUCUAGAGAUUAUUCCAGUUUUGGACGAGUGUUCCUCCAAUCCCUGUUCUAAUAGAUUCCAACCCCACCUCCAGUUUGGAUUACUUGUGAGUCACCAACAGUAGAAUGAGUGUGCAAUCAUUCACAGAAGAAGAAACUAUUACUAACCUUUUUGUAACUAUUGCUCUUGGAAAUGUGGUUCACGUGUCCAUUCUGUGAUUUGCUUUUCUUCACCCUUUCUAUCAGUAUCUUUCUGGAAGGAACUGAGGUGGGUCAGAAGUGGCUCCACCCUUUAUGCUUGCAUGCAUGAGGCAGUGUAGGGUGCUUGUACUGCCCUGAUAGAUACCAACCACUCUGGGGGAAAAACUCUCCAACUGUACACUGAAGCACACAUACACCUACAGUGGAAUGGACGCAUGCAACACAUCUCAAAGAACAGCAGUUAUGGAAAGCAUUACAGUGUUUUUGCCAUCUCUGUACAAAAGACAACUUUACAUGUGAGACGGAUGGGCUCUGCUUUGCCUCAGUAACACGGAGUCAAGGCAAAGUCGUACACAAUAGCAUGUGCAUAGCAGAAGUUGAUCUGAUUCCACGAGACAGGCCAUUUAUUUGUGCCCCCUCAUCAAACGAUGAAGUUACUACUACUACGCCUUACUGCUGUGUCACAGACUACUGCAAUAAAAAAGAACUUCAAAUUCCAACGCCAGUCCCUGCUUCCGGAGAAUCCUCUUCUAAUCUGGGACCUGUGGAAUUGGCAGCUAUCAUUGCAGGACCAGUCUGUUUUGUUUGCAUUUCACUAAUGUUGAUUCUGUACAUCUGCCAUAAUCGUACUGUCAUUCAUCAUCGUGUACCAAGUGAAGAAGAUCCCUCACUGGAUCGCCCUUUUAUAUCAGAAGGAACUACUUUAAAAGAUUUAAUUUAUGAUAUGACUACUUCUGGCUCUGGGUCAGGUCUACCUUUACUUGUUCAAAGAACAAUUGCAAGGACUAUCAUACUUCAAGAAAGCAUUGGGAAGGGUCGCUUUGGAGAAGUCUGGCGAGGGAAAUGGAGAGGAGAAGAAGUUGCAGUGAAGAUAUUCUCUUCAAGAGAAGAACGGUCAUGGUUUCGUGAGGCAGAAAUUUAUCAAACUGUUAUGCUACGUCAUGAAAAUAUUCUUGGAUUUAUAGCGGCAGAUAAUAAAGACAAUGGUACAUGGACUCAGCUCUGGUUGGUGUCAGAUUAUCAUGAGCAUGGAUCACUCUUUGAUUACCUAAACAGAUAUACUGUUACUGUGGAAGGAAUGAUAAAGCUAGCUUUGUCCACUGCCAGUGGACUUGCACAUCUUCACAUGGAAAUUGUUGGCACACAAGGAAAACCAGCCAUUGCUCAUAGAGACUUGAAAUCAAAAAAUAUAUUGGUAAAAAAGAAUGGAACAUGUUGUAUUGCGGAUUUAGGACUGGCAGUGAGACAUGAUUCAGCUACAGAUACAAUAGAUAUUGCCCCAAACCACAGAGUGGGAACAAAAAGAUACAUGGCCCCUGAAGUCCUAGAUGAUUCCAUAAAUAUGAAACAUUUUGAGUCUUUCAAGCGAGCCGACAUCUAUGCGAUGGGAUUAGUGUUCUGGGAAAUAGCCCGGCGAUGUUCAAUUGGUGGAAUACAUGAAGACUACCAGUUACCAUACUAUGACCUAGUCCCUUCAGAUCCUUCAGUUGAAGAAAUGAGGAAAGUUGUUUGUGAGCAGAAGCUGAGACCCAAUAUUCCAAACAGAUGGCAAAGUUGUGAGGCAUUACGAGUGAUGGCCAAAAUUAUGCGUGAAUGUUGGUAUGCCAAUGGAGCAGCUAGGCUAACAGCUUUACGCAUUAAGAAAACAUUAUCACAGCUUAGCCAACAGGAGGGCAUAAAAAUGUAAUCCUGGAUUUACUACUGAAGAGCGCUUUAAAGAUCCAUAUCUGAAUCUGGGUGGCAUGUUCAGAAGGUUAAUAGCUCUACCUCACUGAGGGACUAGAAGGAUAUUGCUGCCUUUUGAUUCUUUGUAGGAACAUCAGUUGUUAGCCCUGGGAUUUCUGUGAACAUGGUAAACAGUUAUGUUUGGGUCUUUUUUGUGCACUAUGAACACCUCUUUCCCAGGACAUUUACAAAACGUUGUGUAGUCUAGCUUUAUUUUUAUUAACAUGCAACUCUAUUUUAAAAGUUGAUUACUGGUCUUAACUUUUCAUUAACUGUGCUGAAGACAUGAAGAUCAUUAAGGUUUUGGAGCAGGUUCACUACACUGUGUACAGUGCAUUGAGGGUUCUUAAGUGAUUUUAUUUGUGGUUGGUACAACUGAGUAUUCUGAACCACUGCAAAAAAUUUUUGAUUCAGGUUUUGAAUGUAUUAUUGCAGUAUAACUAUCUAGCUAUUAAGCUUACAUCUAUUGGAUACCUACCUUGAUUUACAAAAAUGACCUCAUUCACUUGUGGGGAACAUAAUUUAUGCAACUAUAUUUUGUAUACUGUUACUGUGCUUUCACUUAUUCAGAACAUUGCAUUGCCUUCAAAAUAGAUUGUGCUAUACCAGUAAGUGCCACUUCUGAGUCUUUCUAAUGCAAAUCAAUAGUAAUAUACAACAUUUAUGGUACUUGUGGUUUCAAAACAGAGUUCAAAAAUGGAAUUAUUUCUUUGUUUAAUGACACAAUUAAUUCUCAAUUUGGCAUGUAGCUGCAUCAUUAUUGGAAUACCUUUCAUUUAACCAAGACCUGAUUAUUAAACCACUGUAAGAAUUUAAAUGGUAUGCAAGUUAGUUAAUUCAGUGUUAUGUUCUAGAACUGUGCAUCACAUGUAAUAAGUUCUAAUUAUUAUAUCUAAGCAGAAUUUUUUUUAAUGAAUUGGCCCUCUUUAAAUGUUUGUCAUACUCUUAUCUAAGAAAGCUAACGAGGACUAAAGGUUUUUAAGAUAAAGGGAAAAGUCAUUUGUGAGAGAUUUACUUUUCAGUUCCUCAAAGUCUUUCCUUUUUCUUCUCGAACAGUAUUAUUUGCAAAGACAAGAAUUAACUUUAUCUAUAAUUAGAGAUGAUUAACUGUAAUAUUGGACUUGUUUUAUUAGGAAGUUAAAAGCUGCUCUCAAAUUAUAUAUGCAUAUACUGUGUGUAUGUGACAUGCACACAGUGGUGAGCUGCAAGACUUUGGAUACACAUACCCCAAGGUUCUGGUGCCCUUGUUAUAGCUACAAGAGCAAAGAUAGUUUUUGUUGUCAUUAGAACCCUAAAAAAAUAUGCACAGGUUUACUCAACCUUCAAAUCUCCAACAGGUAUAUCUUUUCACAAGAUUUUAACAAACUUUUAAGAUACAGAUUGUAUCACUACCUGUCUCUCUUAAAAUUGUUAAAUGCAUGGGGGGCGAGGGGGAAAUCAGGAGAAUAAUCUUUGUCCUGAAACUAAGUUUUUAACAAUUACAGAAAUCUGCUUCAGUAGCAGGCAUUUGCUUAAUGUUGGCUUUACUAAUUAAUGCACACAAAAAAAAAAGAUUGCUAUAUGCACAACAUAUCUCUCUCUCUGACACACGCGUACACACACACACCCUAAGUCAUCUCUCAGUCACACUCACAUCUGUCACACACCUUAAUCAUACACCACACACUGCAGUUUUAACUCUAUUCCCCUAUAAACCUUCAUAUGCCUGCUUAGGGAAUUUUUCACCAGUACAAGUAGCUAUGUGGAGAAAAGGUAGUUUGGAGAAGCAAUUUUAGUAUUGCAUGUAAAGUUGUGUUGCUUGCUCUGUGAUAUAUGCUAGCUGUAGUCACAGUAAGGUGUGUUGUGCCUGUGAGUGAAGGAGAAGAGGAUACGUACUACACCUCUACCCAGAUAUAACGCGACCCAAUAUAACACGAAUUUGGAUAUAAUGCGGUAAAGCAGUGCUCGGGGGGAGGGGCUGGGCUGCGCACUCGGGCAGAUCAAAGGGAGUUCGAUAUAAUGCAGUUUCACCUAUAACGCGGUAAGAUUUUUUUGGCUCCCGAGGACAGUGUUAUAUCGGGGUAGAGGUGCAUAAGGUUUAAUUGCCUUGCUGUCUGAGGUGUCCGCUAUGAUUUGUCCAAUGUAUAGCAACCCUAACUGCUUUAGUUUUUUGUUUCUUGGUAAUGUAAUGCUUAACUGGAGGUAAAGCAUAAAUAAAAUGGGGAUUGUAGACCUCCAGUGUGGGGAUAGAAGUGCAACUGCUGACUGACUAUUUUAUCAGCUGCUGAGUGCGAAUCCCCUUUUCUGCUGUAGGAUAAAGUCUAGCCAAAAAGUGAAGCUCCUAAUGGAGAAUGAUUGAUUGGAUCUGAGCACACACAGAUUUGAAGUUUGCAUAUGCCUGCCCCAUCCAGUCAAUCAGGCUAGCAUAUCCUCAGCCCCAUCAAUCAAAUUUGUGUAAAGUUGGCCAUAAUCACUCAGUGAGGUUUGUAUGCAUAAUCAGUUGUGUCUGUGUGCACUUGGACUCAUCAAUCAAGUUUAGGUGCACGGCACAUCAACUUCCAGUUAUAACAGGAACAGAUAAAAUAAUCCUAAAUACAGUAUUUAAAAAACAAACUAUCCAUUACAUCAGAUCUAUUCAGCAUCCACCUCUUUAGAAGGUUUUUUGUAGAUUGGUCAACAAUACAAAGUAGGACUACCAUGGGAAAAAUUAGAGCCCGAACCAAAUUCCAAAGGCUUCCCAUUUAAAAACAUUGAGGAGAAACAAAGUAAAAACUUGUAUCGUUCUUACACCCUCUGAAUUUUCUAACCCUGGGUGGUAUUUCACAGUGUGGCUCCCUAUUUUAGAGAGAGAGGUAUGUUGUCACAUUUUAGAUGCGGAGCUAACUAUGGAGUACCCACCAGGAGUGUCCAUAACUUUGUAUUCUGUAAUCUGUAUUUUGGGAUUUGAUAGGUGAUUUUAGGGUUUAUUUUUCGUGAAACCAUAUUUUAUCUGACCUUUACAAUAGCAGUGAAAUGGAUAUAUUUCACAGCUAUGAUUUUAGAAAAUAUUACACACUUCUAUGUUAUAAAAAAAAUACAAUACUAUCAAGCUAAAAGAACUAGAGCCAGAUGCACAGGAUUGCAGCAGGCAAUUUGCUCCAGUCAGCUGCACACUCAGAUACAUAGAUAACAUUGUCUUCCCCACCUACUAUCCAUAGCUUUCUUUUGAAACCUGCAUUUUUUUUCUAAAUUUGUCCUCUGAAUUUUUCAACACUCUGUAGUGGAAAUUUGCAAAAAGAAGGUGGAUUGAUAUAUUGUCCAAUUUUAAUGAAGAUUAUUUUGAGGACAGACACAUGUGAAUGAUAUCAUAAAAUGCAGAACAGAAGCAUUGUGAAUAAGCCUGUACGUACCUUGGGUUCAGAUGACAUCACAAAUAAUUUAAGCUUUGUUCUUAUGUGUUUCCAUUAUACAGACUGAACACCUUUAUUGAAUGGGUGUGUCUGGAUAUUACAUGCAGCUUUUUAUGUUACCUGUGUAAAAAUCACAUAUGUGCACACAUUAAUAUUUUUUAAACUAAGCUUGUAAAUCACCAGAUUUGCUCUGGGACAUCCAGAGGGACCAACAUAUUUUAGCAUUCAAAAUAUUAAUUUUAUAUCAUCUCAAGGGUAUACCAAAACAAUUUGAUAUAAGAGAUACUGAUGCAAAUGUUUAUUGUAAAUAUACAUACACUAUACAUUCAUUUCUUCAAGGUUCAUGCAUUUUAUUAAAUUGACAUAUUAGUAGCACUAAAGCCUCACUUCAGAUUACAGACGUGGCCUGACAGCUAUGGACAAACAUAAGGAGGAUUGUUGGAAACAGAUUGGUACUGAAAAGACUGAAAAGUCCCAUUUGGGAUACUGGAAUUCUUCAGGGACCUUCCAACCUUGAAAGCUGGAAUUCUGGGACGUUUGAGAAGUUGUCUGUUCAGCACUCGCCCUCUUUCUCCCCCAAAUUAAACUACUUUCACUUGUAAUCCUAAUGCGGACUUUGUAUAUAGGGAUAAUGACAUUGGGAUUGACUCUGUGAGGACUUUAAGCUAUUAAAUGAAGUAAGAGGCUAUUUUUUUAUUUUAUUUUUUUUACAAAAUAAUUGAGUUGAGUGCCAUGAAAUCUUCUCUUUUAGUUAGCUCCUUGUUUAUAUUGUGCCAUUGAAAUGAUUACGAGGGUGUUGAAAUUAUUAUACAUGUAAAAGAAAAGCUUCAAUGUCAGUUGCUUUAAACUUAAGUUACCUCUUAAAAGACCAAGGUACAUUUACCUCAUUGUGUAUAUAAUGUUUAAUAUUUUUCACAACAUUCUCCAAGUUUGCAAUUACAUGUUUCUAGAAAAUAUGGGUAUUGCUAAAUUUACAACUUCAGUGGUACUAACUGUAUUGUUUCUCAUGCUCAAAAUACGCACUCUUUAUUUUCUGUAUUUUAUUGUAUUUCUGUAUGUUUGUUGCUGCUUUGUCAAUGUAGCAUCUGCCCUUCCAGAGCUGUGUAGAAUAAUGCUUUGUAUAAAUUCUGCAUUUUGGGUGGUAAGCUUGAGAAUCCUGUACAGAUGAGUUUGUCAUUUUUUUUUUAAACCUUACAAACUUGUGCAUUUUCCCUUACAUUUCUGAAAAUUAUGUAUUGUAUUGGUAGAGUAUACAGUACAAUGGAUUGUAAAUAGGAAAGUAGAAGAGUGAUGCUUAUGUUAAGUGCUAACACUACAGUAGAAAGAUUAAAGCAAUGGAAAUAAAUUACUUUUUUCAAAGUA